GCCUCGGAUCUCGGGAACAUUCAGAUCCAGAACUUGAAGUCUUCAGGAUUGCUAAAGAAACAACCAUGACUCCCUUCCUUCUGCUGUUCGUUGCCUUGGCAACCGCCUCUCCAGUAAAGAGGCAGACCAGCGGCCUAGAUGCCGACGGUGACGGUCUGGUAUCCCAGGAUGAACUUAUGAACGCCAUGACCCUGCAACAGGCCCUCACGGCUCUCGACAGCGAUGGCGAUGGCUUCAUCUACCUGCCACAGAUCAUCGAGCUGUGGGGAGUCGGAGACAAGUUUUACGAACUGAACACCGACGGCGACAACCAUCUUAACUUCACGGAGAUUGAAAACGGAAUGACUCUCAUGGACUUCUACAACCAGUUCGACUUCAACGGUGACGGAACCCUGGACCAGGCUGAGGCCUACCAGCUUCACUACAUCUACGACGUCAUCAACAUGGUCACGCCGGUGGAAGUUCUGGACGACAACGGAGAUGGUCUACUCUCUAACCUAGAAGUGCAGAGCCACAUGACUUACAACGAGAUCCUGACUGCCUUGGACGUAGACGAAAGUCACCGGCUGGACUUCGCUGAGUUGAGCGUCCUCCUCGGCUCCCAGACCCAGGACUUCAUCAACGCUCAGGACGACAACAACGACGGAGUGGUCAGCUUUGGCGAGGCCCACCACCACCACGCUAACCUGGACACGCUCUUCGAUAGGCUGGAUCUGGAUAAUAGCGGCUACAUAGAGGAUGCGGAGUCGGCCGGUAUCAAUGCCGUGUGGGCCGCCGUCCAGGCUCUUCCCGUCGAUCCUGCGGAUGUUAAUAAUGUCUAAGCCUGGUCCUGUGCUGACUCAACUGCCGACUCUCCAAAACUGGCAUGAAAGCAAAACUUAAGACUAGAAUUAUAAUAAAAUGGAGUCAACAAGAACCAAAUAAAAUUCUUCGAGAAUUUCAA